CAAAUAAAGCCAAAGAAUAUCGAAGCCGACGUUAGCUGCGUUCAGCUAGAAACGCCAGUUUGGCCUGCAAGUUCGUAUCAAAACAAGGGGAACGCAAAAACAUCGCCAGCCAACAACAGUUACAAUACCAUAUAUAUGUACGAUAUGUACAUAUUGUACAUACAUACAUACAUACAUCUAUACAUAUGCAGAUAUAUAUCAAUCCACUUUAACAGCCAAAUUGAAAUCUACUUACACAUCUGAGGGACUUUUCUGUCGUCACCAUCAACGAUUUUCGUCUUAUUAACACACCCAUGCAUAUGGACAUACAAACAUAAGUUCAGUGAGUGAUCGUUUAUGGCUGACUAGCUGGCUGGUUCAUCCGUUUGCCCUCUCUUUCUACUCCUUCCUUUUCGCUAUUGCUAUUGUGGGCAUUUCGUAUUGCGGCUUGGGAUCGACUGCUGCGUCGGCUUGAAGCGCGAUUUGUUGUUAUUGUAAUGGCGGUGGCCGCGCUCAGCCCUAGCCGACAGCGGUUUUCUUUCCAUAUAUCGCAUGCAUUUGGCUAGCGCUCUGCUCGUCGCGUUGAUUUUGGCUUUGGCGCUGCUGCCUUGUUUUUGUGCUCAACUCGGCUUGGGCUCGGGUGGUUGGUUGGUUGAGUGGUGUUUUGCUGGAUUUUAUUAGUUGGUUUUUAAACUUGGUCGUGAGAGGGUAGUAAAAAGUGAAAAUCGGCAGCAAUAGACUACUCAGAACUUGUAAAGAAAAUCAGGAACUUUAAAAUAAUAGAACUGAAGAGGGGAGAAGUGAGUGAGUGUACGAUUUUGCAGCAGCGAUACUGGGUUAUUAAGGGGAGGCAUGUCUGAAACCUAUUGACAGUGCAUAGACCUGUAGUGGUCCAGUGAGUCUUUGGGACUUCAGUGAAUUAGUAGUAGAGUGGAUACGAGCAAAACAUGACAUAAACUGAGAUUUACUACUUCAGUAAAUUAACGACAAAAGUAAAGCGCAAACUUAAUAAUACAUACCGUUGUGCGAAAGCUCGCUAAAAAUAACUGUGAAUAUCUAAGUAAAGAUUUUGUGAAUGGACGCGCUCAGUGCCAGCCUCGCUCCUGCCAGCACAUCUGAUACCAUCACAGCCAACAGCACAACGAGAACAACAACACCUAAAAAGUCGAACGUUUCCACUGCCACUUCUUCGCCAUUAUCAUUCCGAUCGUCACCAGUUUCCUCCCCGCGCACCUUGCUGGAAGCAGCUGCAAUAGCAACAACCAUUGGGCCUCCGUCACCCACGCACUCCUCACGCGCUUCGUCGUGUUCUGCGCAUUCCAGAUUGCGCGUAGCAACCCCUGAAUCGGAUACACCUGUUGGUGAAAUGAGUGUGAGCGGUGGAAGUCAACUGGCUGCAGCGUUGGACAUGAAGACUAGAGCUUCAGCCACCUCCGCUGCUGCCGCCGCCGCCGUGGAGCUAUUGCAUGCCGGCACGCCAUCAUCUCAUACGCAGUCGCAGAAAAUAAAAAAAUGUGCGUUUAAAAAUCGGUAUAAUGAGAUAGUAGAUGUAAAUAUGAAAUUUUCGAAUUUCACUUGCCGAAGGGCCGAAACGUUUGAAUGUGAAGUUGCUACAAGUAACAACCACAAUACCAAAAGCUUUCAGACUGCAAUAGUAGAUAUCAAUAGAGAUAAUGGCUUCGAGAGCCACACAUCCAGUCCAGUAAUAACAACUACAAUGGCUUGCCCGAAAUUGCUUCGAAGUUGCAGAAGUAGAGGUAGUCCUAGGCUACAACAACUUUACCAACUACAACAACGGCAACUGAAUUCAAUGUCGCUGCAACGCCAUCAGAAGCAGCUGCAGCGGCAGCAACAACAUUCAAACCGUUACCGACAACAACCCAAAUCAAAAUAUUUAGAUACGAAAUUUAGAUUCGAACAAGAACGCAAAUUUGCUGAAGCUGAACAGUUGCAACAACAGCAACAACAACUAUAUGCAUCGACUAAAGAAAAUUUUUUACUUACACUCGAUUUACUUGCAGUGGUCCGCCGAAACGCCUCCGACAAACUUCGCCUCAUCCAAAUGGUUCACGACAAUCCAAUACUGUGGGACUCGCGCCUGCCAAAUUUCAAGGGCGCCGAAGAAGAGAAGAAUCGUGCCUGGGAAAUGAUUGGCAAAGAGUUCAAUGCGCCGGGGCGGCGUGUGGCGCGCGCCUUCAAAUCGCUGCGGGAAUCGUAUCGGCGCGAAUUGGCGCAUGUCAAAUUGAUGGGCAACGGAUUCAAACCGAAGUGGAGUCUCUACGAAGCAAUGGAUUUUUUGCGAGAUGUUAUCAGAGAGAGAAAAGGUGGUUCACACGCAGUAGAACAUGCAACCAUUGGUCUUAAUUUGAGCGCAUUCUCCCAACACUUGAAUAACAACAAUAACAACAGUAAGUCUACACUUAAACUAAGCGCCUUGCAUUCAUCUUUCAAUGAAAGCGCACUAAAUCUGUCAAAAUGUACAUCCGGCCUGAAUAUGAGCCACGAAGACUACUAUUACUAUGUGAAACCGGAAUUGGACAUGUCAGCGGCGCAUGCGGCUAGCAAUGGCCUUGGUGGCGGUGGUGGCAGUGUCAGUGCUGUCGGUCCGCCCCAUCCAUUGCCCGCUCAUCAGCCACAACAGCAAAACCAACAACUACACAGUGCUGCGCAUGACAGCCGCGUCUCAUCAACGCGCAACGACAGCACUACUCAGCACAGCAACACAUUUGACGAUCUCGACGCAUCAUCGGUACGCAGUGGUGACGAGACCUCAAUGCGUAAUGCAGACAUGAGUAAUCAGGGAUCUGAUGAGGUGGAGGAGCUGGAAGCAAUAGAUGCUGAUUUUCCUUAUCCGCUUAUACUCGACGCGAAUUCGCCGCGUUCUAUGAGCGCAGCAGGCGGCAAUGUGGGUAAUGCUGCAGGUGGUAGUGCUGGUGGCGUAGCUGGCAGCUCCAUGAAACGAAAACGACGUGACAUGAACGGUGAUGCAAUGGACGGCACUGUCGACGAUGAGGAUGACUACGAAGGACAAAUGUUGCAGCAGCAUCGCCAUUUGCGCCAGCAAAAUGGUGGCUCUGGCGGUGGGGGUGGCUUAAGUAGCAUGGGCGGAUGUAUGUUGGAUAUGCCGGCGCCACAAACUGUACGUGAGGUGUUGAACUCCAAGUUCUGCGGCUUCAUUUCGGCAAAACUUAACAGUAUGGAAGACACGGAGGCGGAUAAUUUGAUGAACAAAAUACUCAUGCUGCUGGUACAGACGCAGACACAGACACAUAAUAGUGAGGGAAAAUAGUUC